AUGGCCCCACGCAGGUUGCUGCUCCUGCUGCUGGCGUGGCUGCUGGGCGCCUGGGGGCCGCUCUCGCCUCCCGCCGCUGCAAGACGUGACCCCACCGAGCUCCAGAAAGGUACCUAGCGCUGGCUCCUCCUCCUGUUGCUCCCUUUCCGCGCAGCACUUGAACCCAGAGCCGCCUGGCGCUCCCGAGCCCCUGCGCCUUGCAGAUCGCGGCAAAAGGGAGGGAGCGGUGAGAGCGGACUACCUCGCGGGGGUGUCGUGGGCCUUUGCUCCCAGCUGCGGGGUCACCCCUCCCAGCAGGGCGCGACGGACAGGUGUGCCUACCUGCAGGUAACACCUGGCGAGGAGGGGACCACAUCUGCACUGCUUUAUAUGUACAGAUGUGGGGCAUAGCUGUCAACUUUCCCCUUUUUUUAAGGGAAAUUCCCUUAUUCCGAAUAGGAUUCCCCGCAAGAAAAGGGGAAAGUUGACAGCUGUGAUGUGGACCUGCAUUUCAGGGUUGUUGUAAAUUGUUCUGUUUCCGCCGCCCUCCUGGCUUGCCCAUGGCACCUGUCAAUCAAGGGAGGGAUGGUCGCAGUGGACUACCUCGCAGGGGUGUCGGCAGACCCCCUCUCUGAGGCUCAGGGCGUCACCUUGCCGCCAGGUGUGUGAGCCGUGGAAUACAUUGCACAGGGGGGGAAGGAUGGUUGCAGCAGCUACGUCUAAUAGACCUUCUUGACGCAAAGAGGCGUGGGCUAUAUUGCAGGGUUGUCGCUAAUAAGGCUCUUUUGACCACCAACCACAGCCCGGCGAAGCUUGCAGCCCCAGAAAUAAUAAUAAUAAUUAACUCUGCCCAGCGGAUUGCAGGGCACGGCGGUUUUUCUCAGCUAUCAAACCUUUUCUCAGUAGCAUUCCUCUCUCCCCCCCCCUCACUUUACCCCCUCCCUGGCCCUGAAACGUGGCUAUAACAGACACUGUGUUCGGGUGCAGUGCAGCAAAAUAUAUUUGAAUUUAUUUAUUUAUUGGCCUGCGCCCCGUUCUCAGCUUGUCGUGGAAAACGGCAUUUAAAAACACGGGUUUGCAAUCAGUUUGCAGUCAAACUGGCACACUCAGCAGCCAUUGAUAAAAUUAUGCCAAGUCAUAUUAUCAUAAUUCACUUUGCAAGCGGGCCUUGCCGACAUAUUGCAGGUGGGUUGUUGGCUGCAGUUCGGUUGUGGUUUUUUGAAAGUUUUACUUUCUGAAUUUUCCCUGGAAAGCAUAAUCUUCUUGCCCUACAAACGCCUCACUCAAAUACUUCGAUUUUUUAGUCUACUGCUGUUUUUAAGUGUUCAAGAGUCUUAAAUCAUUGCUGCUAAUUUUGCUUGUUGAUCUUUUUAUCUUUCUUUCGGUAAACUGCUUCGAGGUUCCUUUAUGUCAUGGGUAGGCAAACUAAGGCCCGGGGGCCAGAUCCGGCCCAAUCGCCUUCUAAAUCCGGCCUGCGGACAGUCUGGGAAUCAGCGUGUUUUUACAUGAGUAGAAUGUGUCCUUUUCUUUAAAAUGCAUCUCUGGGCCUAAGUUUUAAUUUAUAUAUUUUUAAACUGUUGCUAUAUCUGUACUGUCCCUGCAAUACCUAAUUGCAAAUUCAAAUGUAUCCCUAUCGUGUUUUAUGACUUCCUUGAUAUUGUGUGUGGGCUGGAACUGGUCUGUGACCGAAAUAAUAAAAGUCAUUCAUGCAUCUCUGGGUAAUUUGUGGGGCCUGCCUGGUGUUUUUACAUGAGCAGAAUGUGUGCUUUUAUUUAAAGUGCAUCUCUGGGUUAUUUGUGGGGCAUAGGAAUUCGUUCAUUAUUAUUAUUUUCAAAAUACUGUAUAGUCCAGCCCCCCACAAAGUCUGAGGGACAGUAGACCGGCCCCCUGCUGAAAAAGUUUGCUGACCCCUGCUUUAUGUGUUACAAUCAAGUGGUGUAUAAGUUUUUAUGAAACAAGCAAGCAAACAAACAAAUAAGACUGGCUUUGCUGCAUUUGCUUCAGCACCAAUUUUUGUGUCCUUUCAGUGACCUGACCAAAGCAGCGUUGGACUACACUGCAAGGUCAUCGUCAGCCGCUGUUUCUCAGUCUCCUCUGCCCCUUCUGCUUGCAAUUUAGUUAUGCUAAUACCAGGCUGGCGCUGUGGGUUAAACCACAGAUCAGAAGGAUCGGCAAGAUCAGACUUGCCGAUCAGAAGGUCGGCGGUUCGAAUCCCUGCGACGGGGUGAGCUCCUGUUGUUCAGUCCCAGCUCCUGCCCACCUAGCAGUUCAAAAGCAUGUCAAAGUGCAAGUAAAUAAAUAGGUGCAAGUAGUAAAAAUACCUUCCAGCGGGAAGGUAAACGGCGUUUCCGUGCACUGCUCUGGUUUGCCAGAAGCGGCUUAGUCGUGCUGGCCACAUGACCCGGAAGCUGUAUGUCUGCUCCCUCGGCCAAUAAAGCGAGAUGAGCGCCACAACCCCAGAGUCGGCCACGACUGGACCUGAUGGUCAGGGGUCCCUUUACCUUUACCUUUAAUACCAGGCUAUCUCUAAGUGUUUGCCAAAAUCCCAGAGGUUUCAGCCUCUCUUGAAGGAUGGAGCCAGAGCAAAAAAUGGGUGGAAACGAUUCCUUUUCUCUUUCUGCCACUCUUCGUGUAUUGCAGGGGUUUGGACUUCGUAGACUCAGUAGCAGGAAAUAUGCGUGUAUUAUCUAUGAUAUUGUUUAAGGCGCUUACCUAACAACUUUGGCUGUGUUUGAUUUCACCACAAAAUCAAUACCAUAAAGCACACAGACCUAAGGGAAGGGGCUGGCAGGUGAAGAUCUACAGUGGUACCUUGGUUCUCAAACGCCUUGGCACUCAAAAAACUUGAACUUUUUUUGGAAGCCGAACAUGCUCUGUUUUGAGUGUGAUGCUUCUGUUUUGAGUCCCACACUUCCAAUUUGAGUGUUACUGAGAUCUGUGCAUUUUUGGUUUUGUGGCUCUUUUUCGUUUCGUUUUUGUGACUGUGUGGAACCCAGUUUGGCUACUGUUUGAUUGAUUGUGUGACUGCAGUACAGUGGUACCUCGGGUUAAGUACUUAAUUCGUUCCGGAGGGCCAUUCUUAACCUGAAACUGUUCUUAACCUGAAGCACCACUUUAGCUAAUGGGGCCUCCUGCUGCCACCGCGCCACUGGAGCACAAUUUCUGUUCUCAUCCUGAAGCAAAGUUCUUAACCUGAAGCACUAUUUCUGGGUUAGCGGAGUCUGUAACCUGAAGCGUAUGUAACCUGAAGCAUAUGUAACCCGAGGUACCACUGUACAGCCUUCUCUAAAAACCCACCUUUACUUGCCGGGCCUGACUGAUGACACAGGGAAGGCUAAACAGCUGCUGCAGAAAAGCUUUCAGAUCUUCCACAGUCAGCUUGGUCCGUGUCCUUCCGCUCUCUGGGGUCAGUCUACUAUGGGGAAAGAAAAGAACCUUGUAAAUCACAUACACAGUUCCUGGAGGGCAACAGAGUCAACAAACAGGCCAAGUUCAAGGUGUUGGUACUAGCAUGUAAAACCCUAUACUGACCAGGACCAGUUGUUCUCUGGGGAAGUUUCUCCUGCAAAUUCCAAACAUCUCAGAAGCCCAUUCCGCAGUAAUUUGGAGCAGGGCUUUUAGUGUGGCUGCCCAUUCUGUGGAACAGCAUUCCUGUCAAGAUGCAACAGGUGUCACUAUCCACACUUUUUAGCAACUUUUUUUGUUGCUGUUGUUCCAACAGGUUUUCCCAGCUGGAUAAAUAUGUCAUUGCCAUGAGUGUCUAUUUUGUAUCAUUUUAGUUUUGUUUUAAAUGUACUGUAUUGGGUGUUUUUGUGUUUAACUGUUUUUUACUCUUUUAUUGAACAUCGCCUUGAGGCCAUUGAGACAAAGGCAAAUGUGAUUAAUAAAUUAACAACAGCAACACAUAGUAAAUUUCCUCCGGUUAUGUAAACAAAUCUGUUACAUAAAAUCGAGGCUGUAGGGGAGUUUGAGGCCUUACCAUCACACACUCUGAAAAACAGAGUUCAGAUGUUAACUAUGUAAUAAUUUAAAAGCUGUUCAGCCCAAUAUUUUAUCAAAAUUAAUAGUAGUGUAGAUUUUCAUGUAAAGAUACAAAGUUAAAGCUUGCCAAAAUCUCCACCUCACAACAAGCACAAAUAUUUGGGGACAACAUUGCUCAAUUCUGUCACCAUCAACCUAACUUUUGAAGGUGAAGUAACCAGAGCAGGGCCUCCAUCAGUGAUUUUUAUUAACUUGCAAGUUCACAUGGAGGAGAAGGAAGUCCUUCAGGAUACCCAUGUAAAUAUAAAUUAGGUCUUUCUAGCUGCACCCAGAAGCAGCAAAAUUCCUUCAGCGUGAGCAAAAUACGAUCAACACCAGUUUGGUCAUUUUUGAACACAUUAUUUCCAAUUUGAAAUGUUUCACCAGUUCCCUAAUUCUCUCGCCAUUGCAAAAGUUUUCUACAAGCAUUCUCUAGGGGGUAGAAUCCUUCUGAUUUGACUUCUCUAAACACUUUCCAAUUUCUCCCCCCUUCACGGCCAAACUGUCUUUGGCACAUCCCCCAACCGCCCACCCUUCUGUCAUGAGAGUCAUUUCUUUGCAGACCAUGGCAGCCAGCCCCACAUCCAAGCACUCUGGGUCGGCAGCCAUCUUGAAAAUUAGCUCCUCAUGAGAGAACACACAGUGACGCCUCAGUCGCCGAUAAUGGCUGACACACUGCCGACCUAUUGGAAGCUAGAGAUGCGAGAAGCGAGAUAUCUGGUUUAGAACUAUCCCCAGCUCAUCUUGGGCUUCCAUACUGGAGUUCAUGAGAAAAACACGUUAAAAUGGUCUCAUUAAAUGAUAUAGGCAAUUAUAAUGAGCAUCAAGUGUGUCACACUAUCCAGGAGUAGGGUCUCCAGGGGCCUUGGGUAAGCCAAGCUCUUUGGAGUCAACUUGGAGGGGAUAUGAGGGAAUUGCUUGUGUGAGGUCUCGAACCCAAGGGCUUCAUUUCACAUGAAGCCAAAAGAGACUCAAAUAGCCUGUCUGAAAUCAGCCUCUCCCCCAGAAACUCCAAGCCAACCAUAUAAUUAGCUGGGAACAAAAAAAGAUAAACAGCAAUUGGGAUGAGAAGCAAAAAACAAGAGGAGUGAGACUUGAAAGUCUCUCAAGGGGAUACCAUCUCCUCAUAAUAUCUGAGAAACCAAAGAAGCUGCAAGAGCCAACACAUUUUAACAGAGGAAAAUUAUGUCAACAUAGUAACAGAGUAAGAGUUAGACUUACAUUGCAAGACUUGAAGUAUAUCACCUAGUCUCCUGCCAACAGUAAUUAUUUCAGCCAAAAAACAAGUGAGGCAACCUUAAAGAUCAGAUAUCCAAAAAAGGGAAAUUUUGCCUCACUUGAAUAUGAAAAAAGUAGAAAAUACAAAGGUUCUUUCAGAAUGAUCAACUUUGCAUUAUAUUGCAACAUUGCAUUAUACCAAUUUUAAUUUUAAAGCUCUGGUUCUAUUAAAAGAGAAGGUGUCCAAAUGCGGAGCAAACAGACAAAAGGACUUUCCAAAAUAUAUAGUAUAUCCAUUUCAUGUUCUUCAGAGUGGUGAAUAAAGGUUUGACUUUGUAAGUCAGUACAGUGGAUGCUCAGGUUGCGAACGUGAUCCGUGCGGGAUGCGUGGGUUGCGAUUCAGCGCUUCUGUGCAUGUGCAAAGCGCGAUUUAGCACUUCUGCUCAUGCGCAACCGCCGAAACCCGGAAGUAACCCGUUCCAGUACUUCCAGGUUUCGGCGGUCCACAACCUGAAAAACGCAACCUGAAGUGGCUAUAGCCCAAGGUAUGACUGUAUUGAACAAGUUUCAAUUUCCCCAAUAUGUGAGAUUUAAUUUCGAAAAAGACGAUUACUACACAGAGCAUGUCACAGCCUCUGGAAAUUCUGCAAGGUUUCAGCUUGCAUCUAAGCUAGAUAAAAUACCCAGGCUUUGGACUGCAACAAGGGUUGUGCUUAAAAUUGGUUUGAUGCAAGGUAUUUUGACCAUUCAGCCUUAUGUAACUUAUCAUCAUAGCAUGGUGUAAUACAGUAUGAUAUGCAUAAAUUAUUCAAGGGGCUUAUACGAGUGGACACAGAGGUAACAAUAGUGUUGUGUCUUUUGCUCAAUAAAAAAAAAAUACACAGACAAUAUGAGAAAAUUUAAAAGCAAACCUUUAGCAAUGUAUCUGGAUAUGCUGGUUUAAUAAAGUUUUAACGAGGUGUCUUAAUACAUGCCUGUCUAAUGUAAACAGCAUAUUAGGAUUUGGAUACUAAACCACCAUAGAGUUAUUAUAGUAAGUUGCUUGUUCCAUACUAAUGGCAAGAAGCAAACUGGAGAGCUGCCAAACCUUACCAGCAAAAAGCUAAAUAGCCACAACUGUAUUUUGCCCAAUGUAGAGAAAACUGCACCUUGAGCUGUAACCAAAACAGUAAUCCUUUUCAGAUGGGUACUACGUGGAUGCCUUUUAAUAUAUAGCACCAGACAGUGCCCAGAUAAGAGAAAAGCUAGGUUAUGCCAGAUGUAUACAGACCCAGUCAGCAGUGCAGAAGUUCACAGCUUCAGCAAAAUUGUAUCCUUGAUUAAAUCCAGAGUGAUAGGCACGUGGAAAAGUCACAACAAAUUUGCCAGCACACUGAUUGGUCCGGUACACCUAGAGAACACCUAGUACACCUAGUGAGAAGUGAGAGAUUUUGGAAAGAAAGCAUCAUUAUCAUAUUCAUCUUUCAGAAACGGAGAUUAACAUGGCUGGUAGUAACUACUAAUUCAUGCAUGAACUAUGCUAUCACCUUUUCCCUUCUCAACCACUUUAUAGAAUCUACCAACUGAUGCAGGCUGCAAGGAAACUGGUUUUUAAACCUCAAUCUUUGUACAUAAGGCUCUUGGGGCAUAUCGCCAAAGGAGCAUCUUUCCACUAUCUACAAGUGAAAUCACUAGUUGCCUAGAUAAGGGUUAAAAGCGUUUAGAACACAAUCUAUACACAGUAGCUAGAAGGAUGUCGGGGUUGAUGGUGUUGAAAGCUACUUAAGAUUCCACUGGGAAACCUUCACAGUCCAGUUCCUGGCACAGGUUUUUCAGACCUACCAAAGCAAUCUCAGUUCCAUAAUCAGGCCUGAAGCUGGAUUGAAAUGAAUCUACAGAGUGUUUAAAAUGCUAUUCCAAGUCAUUCUGUGUGACACAAGACAAGUAACCUAUAGGCAGGUAAAGGUUCUGCAGAACUUACAGGCACACCAUUAGCUCCAUUAGCACACUGGGGUUCAUGAUGGUUACUAGCUGGUGCAGAAGGUCAGGUUGAUUCUCAAAUAGUUCCGGAGCAAGCUCUCGCAUUACUUCCUCCAGCUGUUCUGUUGCAUGGGAGGGCACUCCAUGCCACGUCUUUGGCUCUCCCCUAGCAAAACAUAUCAUCCAUUACCACAAAGAAAGCACAUUCUAGCAUGAGGCGUAUUUUCCAACCCUAAUCUACAAAUAGGCCCAGUCUUCUAGAAGCAGUAGAAGUUUGCCAAGAAUAAAUUGAACUGGAAAACAAGAUGCUUCAAGUCAAGGAUAAGCUACGUACCGUAUUUUUCGCUCUAUAAGACGCACCAGACCACAAGACGCACCUAGUUUUUGGAGGAGGUAAACAAGAAAAAAAAUAUUCUGAAUCUCAGAAGCCAGAACAGCAAGAGGGAUCGCUGCGCAGUGAAAGCAGCGAUCCCUCUUGCUGUUCUGGCUUCUGGGAUAGCUGUGCAGCCUGUAUUCGCUCCAUAAGACGCACACACAUUUCCCCUGUCUUUUUAGGAGGGAAAAAGUGAGUCUUAUAGAGCAAAAAAUACGGUAUUUAUAAGCCUGGUCUUCAGGUAAUACACAAGCAAGGAGGAUGCUGAGCAAUUGCAGGGAAACAUAUGAUUGUUCAGAAAUUGACUAAGGAGGUUCACAGACAUUACUCUGGCCCGUCCUACAUAUUUCACCACAAAAUCAAUACCGUAAAGCAGACAGACCUAAGAGAUCUAUUUGCAUUCCAACACUCUGAGGUUGGGAGAAUUCCGCCAGCCGCCAAUCAGGGCAAAGUUCCAGGUGCUGUUUUUGGUGCAUAAAGCCUUGGAAUAACCCCAAAGAUCAUCUCUCCCCCCUUAUAUACUCAGCAGACCCCUGCGCUCUGCAGGUGAGGUCUUCCAGGGAGUCUUUUCCACACUAUGUCAGAACGGAAUGCCUCACCGUGGGAUGUUUUUCCUGUUAAACAUUAGACAGGCGUCCUUUGGGUGCCGGCUGAAUAUCUUCCUCUUUGUGCCUCACUCCAGUCUUCAUCUGGGGUUAAUAUUUUAAAAGAUGCUUAUUGGUUGUUGUCAGACGACGUUGGGCUCCUUGGGGAGCCCAGCUGUUUCAGAGUGUUGGAUUCCAAAGGGAGUGGAUUUCCCCUUUAUUUAUGGCUUCUAGACAGAGUCUGGACUGCUGUCAGUCUGGAAUUCCUGAGCUGCGAUUCCUGCCUUGCAGAGAGUUGGACUAGAUUAAUCUCCUUCCAACUACAGUGGUACCUCGGGUUAAGUACUUAAUUCGUUCCGGAGGUCCGUUCUUAACCUGAAACUGUUCUUUUUUUUUUAAUAACUUUUUUUAUUCAAAAUUAAAACAAAACAUAUUAUCCAGAAACAUAUCAUCCUUAUUUCCCCCCCAUUUUUCCUCCCUCCCCCUCCCUCCCCCCACAGAACCCACCCACCCCCACCCCCCGAUUUCCCUCAGUUCCAGUCUUUGAUUUCUCUAAAAAUGCUGUUUUCUGCAUGUUACACAGUUGUAUACUGUGUAUACUAUUUAGCUGAUUAUUAUCAAUAAAAAGUUUCUGAAUGUUUAUUCAAAACCAGCCAAGGAGCCCAGUUCGCUUUGUUGUGUCUUCAAAUACCUCGUAAAGGGUUCCCAUUCAUCUUUAAAGUCACAGUUAUCCUUGUCCCAACCUGAAACUGUUCUUAACCUGAAGCACCACUUUAGCUAAGGGAGCCUCCUGCUGCUGCCGCGCCACCGGAGCACAAUUUAUGUUCUCAUCCUGAAGCAAAGUUCUUAACCCCAGUCUGUAACCUGAAGCGUCUGUAACCCGAGGUACCACUGUAUACGGUUCUAUGCUUCUACACAAACUUAAUAAAUAAGGAAAUAAUAAUCAUCAUAAUAAAGUUAUUAUUUAUACCCCGCCCAUCUGGCUGGGUUUCCCCAGCCAAUCUGGGCAGCUUCCAGCAAAAUAUUAAAAUACAAUAAUUCGUCAAAUUUUAAAAACUUCCCUAAACAGGGCUGCCUUCAGGUGUCCUAUAGAAGUCAGAUACAGUGAUACCUCGGGUUACAGACGCUUCAGGUUACAGACUCCGCUAACCCAGAAAUAGUACCUCGGGUUAAGAAGUUUGCUACAGGAUGAGAACAGAAAUUGUGCUCCAGCGGAGCGGUGGCAGCAGGAGACCCCAUUAGCUAAAGUGGUGCUUCAGGUUAAGAACAGUUUCAGGUUAAGAACGGACCUCCAGAACGAAUUAAGUUCUUAACCCGAGGUACCACAGUAGUUGUUUCUUUCCUUGACAUCUGAUGGGAGGGCGCCACUACUGAGAAGGCCCUCUGCCUGGUUCCCUGUAACCUCACUUCUCGCAGAGAGGGAACCGCCAGAAGGCCCUUGGAGCUGGACCUCAGUGUCCAGGCUGAACUAUGGGGGUGGAGACGCUCCUUCAGGUCUACUGGACUGAGGUCGUUUAGGGCAUGGGUAGGCAAACUAAGUCCCGGUGGCCGGAUCCUGCUCAAUCACCUUCUAAAUCCGGCCUGCGGACGGUCCGGGAAUCAGCGUGUUUUUACAUGAGUAGAAUGUGUCCUUUUCUUUAAAAUGCAUCUCUGGGUGAUUGGUGGGGCCUGUCUGGUGUUUUUACAUGAGUAGAAUGUGUGCUUUUAUUUAAAAUGCAUCUCUGGGUUAUUUAUGGGGCAUAGGAAUUUGUUCAUAUUUUCCCCCCAAAAUAUAGUUCGGCCCCCCACAAGGUCUGAGGGACAGUGGACCGGCCCCCUGCUGAAAAAGUUUGCUGACCCCUGGUUUAGGGCUUUUAAAUGUCAGCACCAACACUUUGAACACCCAAAACGGAGCAUGUUCAGCUUCCAAAAAAAGUUCGCAAACCAGAACACUUACUUCCGGGUUUGCAGCGUUUGGGUUCCAAGUUGUUUGAGUACCAAGGUGUUUGAGAACCGAGGUUACCCCUAUAUUCUUAACAUACUAGCUUUCUUGAAAUGUGGCUUAGAUUCACGGGGGAAUCCCUCGUCCUGCCCUCUGGAGCACAGAAAACAAACACCCUCCAUCAUCUACACAACAGCCCUUCCGAUAUCUGAAGAUGGCUUAAUUGUUGCAUCUCCAGCAUAAAGAUUUUACAUCCCUUCCUGGGUUGGAAGGGCUGCUCAGAAAAAAGUUGCACAUUGCUGUUUUCUCGUUUCCCCCGAAGCUUGUUCAUUUCCUCGAACGAAUGCAAGCCUCUGUUCUUCAGAAACUUCCUUCCUCUUCCCAAAUUAUUUAGACUCUUCCCCCCCUUUCCCGUCAUCACCCCUGUUCACCCCCAACUGCCUAUGGGUUCCCCCCUCCAAAGUUGUGUCCACACAUUGUGUACAUGGGUCGCGGUUUCCCCUUUUUGUCCCUUCCUCUCAAGUAGAACUUCCCCGUCCACCAUAACUUCUGCAAACCAGCAGGAAUUUGUUUGUUUUUUAAAUAUUUUUUAUUGAUCAAUUUCCACAUAACAAAUUAUCAAACCUUAUAAUCACAUACAUUAUUCCCCCCCCCUUUUCUCCCCCCACCAAGGACUUCUCUCAGUUCCUCUCCCUGAUUUCUCUUCACAUAUUUUCUCUGCAUAUUAUAAAAUUGUACAUAUCCUUACAAUGUCAUAGCAAUGACAAACCUAGACAGCAUCUUAAAAAGCAAAGACAUCACCUUGCCAACAAAGGUCCGUAUAGUUCAAGCUAUGGUUUUCCCAUUAGUGAUAUAUGGAAGUGAGAGCUGGACCAUAAAGAAGGCUGAUCGCUGAAGAAUAUGAUGCUUUUGAAUUCUGGUGCUGGAGGAGACUCUUGAGAGUCCUGUGGACUGCAAGAAGAUCAAACCUCUCCAUUCUGAAGGAAAUCAGCCCUGAGUGCUCACUGGAAGGACAGAUCCUGAAGCUGAGGCUCCAAUACUUUGGCCGCCUCAUGAGAAGAGAAGACUCCCUGGAAAAGACCUUGAUGUUGGGAAAGAUGGAGGGCACAAGGAGAAGGGGACGACAGAGGACGAGAUGGUUGGACAGUGUUCUCGAAGCUACCAACAUGAGUUUGACCAAACUGCGGGAGGCAGUGGAAGACAGGAGUGCCUGGCGUGCUCAGGUCCAGGGGGUCACAAAGAGUCGGACACGACUAAACGACUAAACAACAACAACAUAUCCUUACAUAUCUAUCCAUCAUGUUAUCAACCAAUUAAUUUGUGUAUAUUUAUUCAAAACCUGCCAAGGAGUCUGGUUCAUUUUGUUGUCUUUUUAAAUAGUUCCCAUUCCUCGCUGAAGUCACAAUUGUUCUUGUCUCGCAAUCUGUAAGUCAGUUUGGCCAGUUCUGCAUAAUUCAUCAAUUUCUAUUGACAUUGUUCUUUCGUGCCGCUCUUAUAGCAUACAUAAAUAAAUUCUUUGUUUUCCUUGGCAGGUUUUGUCCUACAAUCUCUAACAAAAAUACUUCUCAAACCAGCAGGAAUUUGUUUAACCUGUGUACGUGCCAUAUCUACUUGAAAGUGCCAAGGCAGAACUUAAUUUUCAAAACUCUUACAUUAUAUUUGUUGAUUGACUGUUGCUGAAGGACGGAAUAGGAUUUCACACUUUCGCCUUCAUAUCUUCAGAAGAGUUGACUCAUUUGACCUUUUGGCUGGUGUUUUUGGAGUAUAUUAACAACCAAACUCAUUCCCACCAGAUUUAACUUUAUUGGUACAGUGGUGCCUCGCAAGACGAAAUUAAUCCGUUCCACGAGUCUCUUCGUCUUGCGGUUUUUUCGUCUUGCGAAGCACGGCUAUUAGCGGCUUAGCGGCUAUUAGUGGCUUAGCGGCUAUUAACGGCUUAGCGGCUUUAAGAAAAAGGAAACAAACUCGCAAGAACUCGCAAUACGUUUCGUCUUGCAAAGCAAGCCCAUAGGGAAAUUUGUCUUGUGGAACGACUCAAAAAACGCAAAACCCUUUCGUCUAGCGAGUUUUUCGUCUUACGAGGCAUUCGUCUUGCGGGGCACCACUGUACUGGUUAUAUACCGCAGUCCACUAUUACUGAGAAGAAGAAUCUUGCUUUCUAGUCUGACUUCAGAUUAAACCUCUCUGUGUUUUCCGAUGUCAUAUCCAACCAUGUGGAUCUAGAAUAGAAAGUCACCACCUGACGCUUGCUUUUGUUUCGUAAAAUAAUUUGACUGCUUAAUAACAUUUUAAAGUGGGGGGAAACCGUGUAACAAUUCCAAUUUGCACUAAACAGCAGUUUUUUAAAAGGGCGUGUCGCUCUCAGCCAAGAAACCUGAGGUCUCAUCUGGGUACGUACAGAAGUAUUUCCUUCCAAGAAAACAGGUGUUUUUCUGAUAUACCAGAUUUGCACAAAAAAGUAGGGGGUGAUGCAGGCCGCCUCUUGGAUGAGAAGGUUGUCUUGUGGAUGCCAGAGAUGCACACAUCCACACACACACAAAGAGAGACACAAGCAGCUUCAAAUCCUCACUGAAUUCCAGUGUGGAUGUGAGACCCAGAACUACAGUUCCCAGAAUUCCCUGGGAAAAGGGGUUGAUUUUUCAGCAUGGUUUGUAGCUCUGGGAGGGGACCAGGGGUUUCCUUAUAACUCUCAGCAACCUUAACAAACCAUAAUACCUAGGAUUCUUUGUGUGAGAGCGGGGGGGAAGCCGUGGCUGUUUAAAGUGGCAUGAAACUGCUUUAAGUCUACAGUGCAAACAGUACUCAGUACUGAGCUAUAGCGACUCGGUUUGAGGCAGUUUCUUAUACCAUGUUCCUUUAGCUUUUUUUAAAAAAAAAUUAUCACAGUUGUUGUUAGUAGUAGUAUUGAGAUGACCAGCCAGAAUGAAACGGCUCUUACUUUUGGCCUACUUUUGUUGAAGGAAAUUGUGCAAUGAGGUUUUCCAUUCACUGAAAUAAAAAAAAGGAAGAAAGAACACACUGUAACAAUGGGGGGGAAAUGUAAGAAUAAAACAGAAGCAAAAGUAAAAACCAGUGGCCCGAUGUUAGGAAAUUCCUUAAAGUACAAUGGGAAAUCAUUGUCAGAGGGAGGCAUGUUUCACCGGGAGUAGCAGCUGUGGAAAAGGCGUACCGAGCCGUAGGAAUUUCUGGGAAGGAGUUUGAAAAUGUAAUUUGCAUUGCACUAGAAACUGAUAUCUGGAUGAAUACUGCCGUAUCCUCAAUGAAAUUGUCUUUUUUAAAGCCAGGUGGGUUGCUAUCGCUAUAUCUAGCAGCAGGAGUAAAUUCCGUAGUUUAGCCAUUGCAUAUUGGUUCAUUAAGAUAUUUCUCGCUUCACCCAAAAAUGCUUGCAGAGCAGUUUGCGACAGGAUAAGGCAGCUGUGUAAGGAGCGAUAAGGUUAAAAAUAACCGCGUGUCGAGACCCUGUGACCCCACAGUUCCCUAGGGAGUGAAUAACCAGACACGGCAGCAGCAUACAGUGGUGCCUUGGUUCUCAAAUGCCUUGGAACUCAAACAAUUUGGAACCCAAACAUUGCAAACCUGGAAGUAAGUGUUCCGGUUUGCGAAUUUUUUCUGAAAGUCGAACGUGCUCCGCUUUGAGUGUUAUGCUUCUGUUUUGAGUGUUACGCUGAGGUCUGUCUGUUUUUGCUGUUUAUUUUGUGUUUUUGUUUUUGCGGCUCUUUUUGUUUUAUUUUUGUGACACUGUGGAACCCAGUUCAGCUCCUGGUUGAUUGAUUGAUUGAUUGAUUGAUUGUGUAAUUGCAGUACAGUGGUACCUUCGGGUUACAUACACUUCAGGUUACAUACGCUUCAGGUUACAGACUCUACUAACCCAGAAGUAGUACUUCAGGUUAAGAACUUUGCUUCAGGAUGAGAACAGAAAUCGUGCGGCAGCAGCAGGAGACCCCAUUAGCUAAAGUGAUACCUCAGGUUAAGAACAGUUUCAGGUACCACUGUACCACUGUACAUUGCUUAUUGCUUUCAUUUUAUGGAUCAAUGGUCUUGUUAGAUAGUAAAAUCCAUGUUAAAUUGCUGUUUUAGGGGUUGUUUUUAAAAGUCUGGGAGGGAUUAAUCCGUUUCACAUUGCUUUCUAUGGGAAAGUGCGCCUUGGUGUUGGAAUGCUUUGGUUUUGGAACGGACCUCCGGAACGGAUUAAGUUUGAGAACCAAGGUACCACUGUAUUGGUUUUUGGGUUCAAACAGGCCACAACUUUAUCGGUUGAAGAUGUGAACUGUUUGGCAUACACACUGGGGGAAGCCAGCACUAUUCCAUCAGCUGGAAGUGUAUCAAACCAUCUAUGGAAGGGGUGCACUUGACCCAUAUCAAAUAGGGGAACACCCCAAGGGGUUCCCAUUGGAGGAGUGCUAUGGCCCAAACCCUGCCUGGACAUUGGAGCUCUCCUCCCAGAUAUUUUUAACGGAAUAUCCUUUAUGCAGGAGGGGCAGGCAGAGGCUAUAAUCUCCCCUCCAGCCAAAACCUAGACUUCCCCAAUGCCAAACCUCACAAAGUUGUGACGAUUGCUAUGAGGUAGGCGAAAGCCAGAUGGCCAGUGCUGAUUUUCCUCCUCCUCCUCCUCCUCCUCCUCCUCCUCCUCCUCCUCCUCCUCCUCCUCUUCUUCUUCUUCUUCUUCUUCUUCUUCUUCUUCUUCUUCUUCUUCUUCUUCUUCUUCUUCUUCUUCGAAUCAUAGAAUCAUCGAGUUGGAAGAGACCACAAGGGCCAUCGAGUCCAACCCCCUGCCAAGCAGGAAACACCAUCAGAGCACUCCUGACAUAUGGUUGUCAAGCCUCUGCUUAAAGACCUCCAAAGAAGGAGACUCCACCACACUCCUUGGCAGCAAAUUCCACUGUCAAACAGCUCUUACUGUCAGGAAGUUCUUCCUAAUGUUUAGGUGGAAUCUUCUUUCUUGUAGUUUGGAUCCAUUGCUCCGUGUCCGCUUCUCUGGAGCAGCAGAAAACAACCUUUCUCCCUCCUCUAUGUGACAUCCUUUUCUAUAUUUGAACAUGGCUAUCAUAUCACCCCUUAACCUCCUCUUCUCCAGGCUAAACCUGCCCAGCUCCCUUAGCCGUUCCUCAUAAGGCAUCGUUUCCAGGCCUUUGACCAUUUUGGUUGCCCUCCUCUGGACACGUUCCAGUUUGUCAGUGUCCUUCUUGAACUGUGGUGCCCAGAACUGGACACAGUACUCCAGGUGAGGUCUGACCAGAGCAGAAUACAGUGGCACUAUUACUUCCCUUGAUCUAGAUGCUAUACUCCUAUUGAUGCAGCCCAGAAUUGCAUUGGCUUUUUAGCUGCCGCGUCACACUGUUGGCUCAUGUCAAGUUUGUGGUCAACCAAGACUCCGAGAUCCUUUUCACAUGUACUGCUCUCAAGCCAGGUGUCACCCAUCUUGUAUUUGUGCCUCUCAUUUUUUUUUGCCCAAGUGCAAUACUUUACAUUUCUCCCUGUUAAAAUUCAUCUUCUUCUUUUUCUUCUAUUUAUUUUCAGGGGCAGCCUCUACAUUGUGCAUGACCUCUAAUCAAAAGGGGGAUGUCACAAUUUCACUCUGUUUCAUUCCAAGAUGUUUCUGCCUUUGAGAGAUCCCAGAUUUAUUUCCCCCCAAUGCUUUCCUUUAACCUUUCCUGAAACAGCUGUCUGACCUUUUCCUGAAAGUAGUAAAGGAAAACCAUUAAGGUUAUCACCCAGAUGCAAGCAGCUGGAGUUGCUGAACCAGAUGGCUUCCAUUUGCAAUACAGUGGUGCCUUGGGUGACAGACGCUUCAGGUUACAGACUCCGCUAACCCAGAAAUAGUACCUCAGGUUAAGAACUUUGCUUCAGGAUGAGAACAGAAAUCGUGCUCCGGCAGCAGCGGGAGGCGCCAUUAGCUAAAGUGGUACCUCAGGUUAAGAACAGUUUCAGGUUAAGAAUGGACCUCCAGAACGAAUUAAGUUCUUAACCCGAGGUACCACUGUAUAGCAAGCCCUUUGUCUCUCUUCUAACCCAAUGCCCCUGAUCAGAUAUGGUACAGUCCUCUCCCCACCUUGAGCCACCAUAAACAUUCUCUCAGCGCCGGGUGGAAACUUAGUGGCUUCUUCCAGGCACUUAAUGGAUUAGGAUUAUUUUGCUUUUUGUUGAUUUUGCUGCUGUUUUGUUGGGUUUGUUUUAUAAGAUAUCGUUGGGCUUCCUCCUUUUCCCCCUGCUGAUUUUGUGCUAUUUUAUGCAUUUAAAAGUUUGGGAGCGCCACAUGUGUCAGCAGCCUAAUAAAUUGAAAUAGUAAAAAAAUAAAAAUAAGUUGCCCAGUUUUCUGCAGAAUAAAGGUAAAGGACCCCUGACAGUUAAGUCCACUCACAAACAACUCUGGGGCUGAGGUGCUCAUCUCACUUUACCGGCUGAGGGAGCUGACGUUUGUCCGCAGACAAUUUUUCCGGGUCAUGUGGCCAGUAUGACUAAGCCACUUCUGGUGAAACCAGAGCAGCGCAUGGAAACGCCGUUUACCGGCUUAGAGCAGCUUUCGCCAAUAUCUGAGGCCCUCCAGAAAUGGCUAGGCUACAACUCACACUGGCUGAAGCCAAUGUUAGAAAAGGCAGGCUUAGAGGUUUUGAUGAUUCAAUGGUAAAGAAAUCCUCUUAAAGAAUAAUGAUAAUUAUUCUUUGGCCAGGGCACAGCCUGACUCCCUCCUUUGGCAAUCUUCACAGAACUCUAGCCCAAUGGUUGCCAUUAAUUUGAUUUGAAUUAAUUUUAUAAUGAAAUGAUUUUAGACUGUUGUAUUAUUUUAUUGUUGUUAGCUGCCCUGAGCCCGGCUUUGGCUGGGGAGGGUGGGAUAUAAAUAAAAAUUAUUUAUUUGCCGUAUUUUUUGCACCAUAACACUCACUUUUUUCCUCCUAGAAAGUAAGGGGAAAUGUUAUGGAGCAAAUGCCUGCGGGUGGCGGGGGGGAUCUGCUGCAGUUGUGAGCAGAGGAUCCAUGGUUCCCCUUCCUUCCCUCCUCUGUGGCUCGCUUUGAAACAGCAAAGCGGGAGAAGAGCCGCUGAGUGGGGAGGAGAGAGGGACAGAGAGCCUGCUUCUUUAAAGGAGCAAAGCGGGAGGGGAGAGGAGCCUUCUCCCCUUAUACCCCUCUUCUUCAUUAUUAGCCACAUCCUUCUCCACCCACCCCACGCGUGCUUCUUCUCCCCUUAAACCCCUCUCCUGCAUUAUUAGCAGCAUCCUUCUCCACACACCCCACAUGUGCUCCUUGUCCCUUGAGUGCUUUUCCUUCCUUCCCCACUUAAAACGUGGUUACAAAGCAUGGAUCCACAUGGAUCCUCAGGAUUUUUGCAUUGGGCUACUCCAAACUCACUGUCAGAUCACAUGUCUGUGGCCACAGCAUGAACCACAAAAAUCAUACAUCCACUGUUUCGUUUAGAAUAUUUUUUUUCUUGUUUUCCUCCUCUAAAAACUACGUGCGUGUUAUGGUCUGGUGCGUGUUAUAGAGCGAAAAAUAUGGUAUAUUAUUAUUUAUAAUAAAAUGACACAGGACCAAAACACAGCAAGCGUAUCUUUGCGCAAUGCGUAAAUGAACGAAAGGUAAUCAUUUCAGAUUACCUUCACUGUUCUGGAUCUAAAACUAAAACUAGCACGUAUUAAGUUUAAGGGCCCCUGGACGGUUAAGUCCAGUCGAAUUCGACUAUGGGGUGCUGCGCUCAUCUCGCUUUCAGGCCGAGGGAGCCGGCGUUUGUCCACAGACAGCUUUCCGGGUCAUGUGGCCAGCAGGACUAAACCGCUUCUGGCGUAACGGGACACCGUGAUGGAAACCAGAGUGCACAGAAAUACCGUUUAUCGUCCCGCCGUAGUGGUACCUAUUUAUCUACUUGCACUGGUGUGCUUUCAAACUGCUAGGUUGGUAGGAGAUGGGACAAAGCAAUGGGAGCUCACCCCAUCGUGCAGAUUUGAACCGCCGAUCAAAUAUACCAGCCGAGGAAUUAAUGGCCCUUUCUCAUGCUAGGAUUUAUUUGAUCGAGCACAGAUUGUGUGUUACUCAUGCGUAAAACAAGUGCUGGAAGUUUAUGUCCCUUUGCUCUUCCUGCAGCUGCAUUAGGAAUGCGGGUGGCGCUGUGGUCUAAACCACUAAGCCUCUUGGGCUUGCUGAUCAGAAGGUUGGUGGUUUGAGUUCCUGCGACGGGGUGAGCUCCCGUUGCUCGGUCCCUGCUCCUGCCAACCUAGCAGUUCGAAAGCACGUCAAAGUGCAGGUAGAUAAAUAGGUACCACUCCGGAAGCCCAGUGUUUGGAGAAGUACAAAUCUACAGGAAUGCCAAAAACAGACCCGUGGGAACUGAGUGUGCUCAGUGUGUGUGUGUGUGUGUGUGUGUGUGUGUGUGUAAUAACAGAAAACUGGGUGGGAGGAGGAAUAGCAUGAAAUAGACUCCGCACUGCGACAUUUUGUCGCAGUGCUCGCUUGCCUUCUUACAAAAAAUGUGCUAACCUCUACAAUGUGUUCUGUAAUACACUAUGCAGUCAUACCUCGGGUUAUAGCCACUUCAGGUUGUGUUUUUUCGGGUUACGGACCACCAAAACCCGGAAGUACCGGAACAGGUUACUUCAGGGUUUCGGCAGCCGUGCAUGCGCAGAAGCACCGAAUCAUGCUUUGCGCAUGCACAGAAGUGCCGAAUCGCAACCCACGCGUGCGCAGACGUGCAUCCCACAUGGAUCAUGUUUGCAACCCGAGCGUCCACUGUAUUACUUUGAAAGGAAGUCUUUCCUUCUGUUUUGCAGAAGAAAGGGGUUCUCUGCCCUCUGGUCUCUCUGCUAUUCCACCCCUGCCCCCCCCCAAAAAAAAAUCCUGGUACCAACCAGUCUGUAUAUUUUAGUCAUUUUCAGAGGUUACGCUCAAGGUGCCCCCGCAAAGUGGGCAAAAAGAGAAGACGGGGCCUCCUUAGUUAUGGCUCCAAGCCUCAGGAAUUCCCUCCCCAGGGUGCCCAGCUGGACACCAGCAUUGUUAUCCUUCCAAUACGAGGCAGGGAUCCUCCUUUGGAGAAUUGAGACACAGUGGAGGCUGUUAAAACUUUAAGAAAUACGGUUUAUUCAACUAUUUACACCUUCAGUUUGCCUGGAGCGAGUUCAGAUCUUACAGCACGGUCAUUUCAAGAGGGGCUUGUCCUCCACAACAGUGUAGCCCUGGAGUCCAAGGUAUUUCUCCCAGCGGAAACGGCGUUUACCUUCCCGCGUUUACCUUCCCGCCACCUAUUUAUCUACUUGUACCGGCAUGCUUUCGAACUGCUAGGUUGGCAGGAGCAGGGACUGAGCAACAGGAGCUCACCCCGUCGCGGGGAUUUGAACCGCCGACCUUCUGAUCGGCAAGUCCUAGGCUCUGUGGUUUAAGCCACAGCGCCACCCACGUCCCUGUCUUUGUAUGCUAGCUGCCUUUAAAAAUGAUUUUUAUGGGAGAACGCAAAGGCUUUUGCCUCCUUAGCUGUGGGUUCUUUUUAGCCAUGAGCUGAGGAUGAAAAUGGCAUAUAUCUGGGCUGGCUAGUACCUAUGGCCCUCUAAACAUGGUGGAGACUGUUGUAGCUUUAAGAAACACAGUUUAUUCCCCUAUUUACACCUUCAGUCUGCAUGCAGGGAGUCCAGAUCUUCAAGAGGGGCUUGUCCCCCACAGCAGUCCAAGGCAUCUCUCCCAGACAGCCUUCAGCCAGUCUGCCCAAGAUGGAUCCCAGUCUUUCUUCUCUCCCUUUCCUCUUCCCAGCACACCUUGUUAAAGACUCUCUUUUCCUGUCACCUCACACUCGGUUACCCCGGCAACCUUCCAACCCCCCCAGUCUCUGUUCACACCUCAGGGCAAGGGGGAAAGGACAGUUUUCUUUCAUUGCCCAAGGCCCUCAAUGGCCCUGAAUUGUUUAUUAAUGGUCCUAGCUUGGCCAAGUCGUUUUGCAUAGGCCUGCCCAGGAAUUCCUCUGCCAGUAGAAAAAAAACAAGUCACGGAACCGAGAAAAUACACAAAACAAAUGAAUCAUAGAAUCAUAGAAUCAUAGAGUUGGAAGAGACCACAAGGGCCAUCGAGUCCAGCUCCCUGCCAAGCAGGAAACACCAUCAGAGCACUCCUGACAUGUGGUUGUCAAGCCUCUGCUUAAAGACCUCCAAAGAAGGAGGUCAUACCUCGGCUUGAAUGUGCUUUGGGUUGAGCGCGUUCGAGUUGCGCUCCGCAGCAACCCAGAAGUAAUGGAUCGCGUUACUUCCGGGUUUCGCCGCUCACGCAUGCGCAGACACUCAAAAGGACGUCAUGCGCGGAAGCGGCAAAAUGCGCCCCGCGCACGCGUGCCAUCACGGCUUAUGUUGCGUUCAGGAUGUGAACAGGGCUCCAGAACGGAUCCUGUUCGUAUCCCGAGAUACCACUGUACUGUGAAAAUCCCUGAAACGAGAAGUAAUCGACUAGAAAUAUUAUCUUAUGGAAAUAAACUAAAUACAAAACAAAAAGUUUAAGAGAAAGCUUAGAAAAACCUAGAAUUGAACAAAGCCUUAAUGGGAUGCCGGCUACAAACCUCGUUUCACUGAACUAUUCCGUUUGCUCAGAAGGAAAUAGAGAAAUCUUAAACCUUAAAUGACCAAAUUCAAAGAAAGGGGGUAAAACUUCCAAAAAUUCUGAAGUAUUAUAAUCCUAGCUCGGCCUAGGUGAAGCAAAGCGCAGUACAGUGGUACCUCGGGUUAAGUACUUAAUUCGUUCUUAACCUGAAACUGUUCUUAACCUGAAGCACCACUUUAGCUAAUGAGGCCUCCUGCUGCUGCCGCGCCGCCGGAGCACGAUUUCUGUUCUCAUCCUGAAGCAAAGUUCUUAACCUGAAGCACUAUUUCUGGGUUAGCGGAGUCUGUAACCUGAAGCGUAUGUAACCUGUAAUAAAGGAUUAAGGACUCAAAGGUACAGUUUCUAAAACUGAGUUUACAAAAAAGGUUUGAAAACCUAAAUGGCAAGUUUUAGACACAGCCCAACUUGAAGAAAGCCAAGCACAGUAACAAAGAGUUGAGGACUCAGCUGUGAAAAUUUUUGUAUUGCCUUUACACAAAGGUUUAAAAAACCUAAAUGGCACAAAUUCAAAGAAAGGAAUACAAGAUAAGCUGUUUUAGAUUUUAAACAAACUCAAGAACAGGGCUGAAACGCUCCCCUGAGUUUACAGAAAAGGAAUUUCUCUGCAGCUUGUCUUUCUCCCACCGCAUCCCAAAUAAUCAACAUCCUGCCAUUUAUUAAUUUCUAGGGGUUAAGGGUGUUCCCCCCCACACACACCUAAAUCUAUUAACAACUCGCUCUUCUUGUGCCCUUGCCUUUAGCCCCAGGUAACUGCGGUGAUCCCCCUCAGGUACAAAAUGCAGAGGUUCCUAAAGGGAGCGGCGACGGCAACAAACUGCGGUACUCGUGCGUCAAGAAUUACAAGAGGAAAGCAGGAACGUCCAGCCUGGCAAUGUGCAGGCAGAAUGACACAACGAAAAAGUUUCAAUGGGAGGUGCGCCUGAGCUGCAUCCGUAAGUAGUACCUGCGUGAUGGGGCUCAUAAUAAUAAUAAUAAUUUAUUAUUUAUACCCCGCCCAUCUGGCUGGGUUUCCCCAGCCAACUCUGGGCGGCUUCCAACAAAACACUAAAAUACAAUAACCUAUUAAACAUUAAAAGCUUCCCUAAAGAGGGCUGCCUUAAGAUGUCUUCUAAAAGUCUGGUAGUUAUUUUUCUCUUUGACAUCUGGUGGGAGGGCGUUCCACAGGGCGGGUGCCACCACCGAGAAGGCCCUCUGCCUGGUUCCCUGUAACCUCACUUCUCGCAGGGAGGGAACCGCCAGAAGGCCCUCAGUGCUGGACCUCAGUGUCCGGGCAGAACGAUGGAGGUGGAGACGCUCCUUCAGGUAUACAGGACCAAGGCCGUUUAGGACUUUCAAGACACCAACACUUUCAGCACCAACACUUUGAAUUGUGCUCGGAAAUGUACUGAGAGCCAGUGUAGGUCUUUCAGGACCGGUGUUAUAUGCUCCCAACAGAAUUAUAAAAACACAAUAAAACAUCAGACAUAAAAAAAUUCCCGAUACAGGGUUGCCUCUGGCGGGAGGGCGUUCCAUAGGGUGGGUGCCACCACAGAGAAGGCCCUCUGCCUGGUUCCCUGUAACCUCACUUCUUAUAGUGAGGGAACCGCCAGAAGGCCCACGGACCUGGACCUCAGUGUCUGGGCUGAGCGAUGGGGGUGGAGAUGCUCCUUCAGGUAUACUGGGCCGAGGCCAUUUAGGGCUUUCAAGGUCAGCACCAACACUUUGAAUUGUGCCCGGAAAUGUACAGGGAGCCAAAGUAGGUCUUUCAAGACCGGUGUUAUGUGGUCUCGGCGGCCGCCCCCAGUCACCAGUCUAGCUGCCGCAUUCUGGAUUAGUUAUAGUUUCUGGGUCACCUUCAAAGGCAGCCCCACGUAGAGCGCAUUGCAGUAGUCCCAGCGGGGGAUAACUAGAGCAUGCACCACUCUGGCGAGACAGUCUGCGGGCAGGGAGGGUCUCUGACUGCAUACCAGAUGGAGCUGAUAAACAGCUGCCCUGGACACAGAACUGAUCUGUGCCUCCAUGGUGAGCUCAGGGCUUACCUAGGCUCACCUUCAUACCUGUAAACCUGUUCCUGUAUUAAGAUCCACAAAGCCCCCCCCCCAUUGGUCUCUCAAAGUCAUGGCUGACUGCAGCCGCGUCCAGGUAGAGGUGUCCCAGAAUUCUGUCAGAAUGGGUAGCAAAUCUGGAAAUGGCAGCAGUCCGCGUCUUGGUGGAUUUGAUUUAAAUCAAAUCGAUUUAAAUCAUUAGUCAGUAAGACUUGAUUUAAAUCACUAGUCAGCAAGACUUGAUUUAAAUUUUAUUUAUUUAUUUAUUUUUACAGAAAGGCUCAUUCUUGCUGGUAUAAUCUUAACAUUUACAACCAGAUGAAGGUUUCCUUUUUGGAAGGAUAAAUUUUCAGAGCAGUUUUUUACAGUUCUAUCAAAAAUUACUGAGUUGGUUAUACUAUCAGAAAUACAUAGACACAUAAUUAUGAAAUUAUGGUGAGGUUUAAUAAGUUAACUGUUUCUAUUUGGACAACUUUUCUGCUGUACUUUAUUGGAAGGAGAAAAAUAGCCAUUUCCUUAAUAACAAUUUAUUUAACUAAAACAAUAACAUUAUAGCAUAUGUAUGCACGUUUGUUAACUAAUGUGGUUAAACUUUUUUGUUUGUUUGUUUUUAAACCCUUAAACCCUUAAACUGAGUUUUGGCACACAAGAAAAACUUAAAACAAAUCCUUAUUUCCUGAUGAAUAGCCUUUAGACUAUAUUGUAACCUAAAUAGAAAACUAUCUUUAGAAAAAUUUCUGAUUUGGUUAGAAAUACAAAGACAGGUAAUUAUGAAAUUGUUGUUUAUAUUUGGGCAACAUUUCUGCUGUACUGUAUUGGAAGGAGAAAAAUAAUCAUUUCCUUAAUAACAAUUUAUUAAAAAAUUAUUUAACUAAAGCAAUAACAUUAUAGCAUAUGUAUCCAUGUUUGUUAACAGGUGAAGUUAAGCAGUUUAAAAAACAAAUAACACAACUUAUACGGAGUUUUAGCACACAUGAAAAACUCAAAUCCUUAUCUCCUGAUGAAUAGCCUUUGGACUAUAAUGUAACUUGAACAGAAAACUAUCUUUAGAAAUAUUUUUCCUCCAAAAGCAUUUUAUUUUAAAAAUCUGUUUGGUUUUUUAAAAAAAUCCAAUUUAAAUUUUAAAAAUCCAAUUUAAAUUUUAAAAAUCUGAUUUAAAUAAAAAGUAUCCUUUAAAAAAAAAUCAUUGAUUUUUAUCCACCCUGGUCCGUGUGUCCAUCUGCAAGCAGGAACAAAAAUCAAGGAAGUGAUCAACAUUCGCUGACCUCAUUUCCUGCCCCUCCCCUAACCCAAACUCGUUGCUGUUGAUUUUUCGGCAUGCAAAACAGUACAUUAUUGCUUCCCUCCCCUUGGAAAUAAACAUAACGAUAGUUAAUUAUAUUAUUAAACGUGACCACAGGAAACACCAACUUUUUUUGCGGAACCUGAACUGCAGCAGAAUAGAAGCGGCGCUGCGUGUGGCAGAUAUAGAGCAGGCCAAAAAAUGAUGCCUUUUCACAUCCUGAUUUCUUUGCAUGGAGAUCACACCACAUGAUAUCUCAUCAAUAAUCGGGCACUCACACUUCGCAUGCAUGGUUUAUAUCCCUCCAUCAAGUCCCUGCUUACGCAACACCUUUUGCUAAGCCAAAAAGAGAGAGGCCUAAAUUGGAAUUCCCACAUAGGAAUUUGUAUGCCAAUGUGAAGACACCUUAGAAGUUGUUUGGGUAUUUUUGUUUUUUAUUUUACAAUCAAGUGAUAUAUAAGUUGCACGGUUAAAUAAAAUAAGACUAGCAAAACAGCAAUAUAAAAGCAUGUAAAACUGUUAGAAUUCCUGCUCCGUGAUUGCAGUCAUGGGAUUGUUGUCUUUCACAUGACAGUAUGUGUUUUGACUCCACAGAGUGGGAAGUGACGGAGACAGGAUGUUUGUGUUACUGUGUUCCGUGAAGUGGGACUAUUGUCCUUUGUUCCUUUUCCCUUUGCUGUCUGAUGCUAGAGAGAGAGGGAGCCAUGUUGCAGUGCUCUGUGUGUGUUUAUAUGUAAAUAAAGUAGAUUAGCCAAAAUGCUGAGUUGCUGAGGUCUGUCACGCAAGCUGCGCAAACUCUGCGGAUCCCUAAGUGUGCCGGUGUUGGUUGGCAUCGGUCGCUGUGAUGUUCGGGCUGAAGAAAGCUUUUGAAGCUCCCGAACGAUCGAACAGGAGGGAGAGAACAUGCCAGUUGGGCAUGUGUCUCUGCCAGGGUCCUACUUGAGUGUAGGCUGAACUCCUGACAAUAGUUAUAAAGCAGAAAUUCAGGACGUUCAUACAGAUGAAAACGGGAUCUGAUCUUAUGGGUCAUUAUUUGGGUUUAUAGUUGAGCCGGUGAAAUUUCUCACUGAAACUUCAAGGAGAAUAGGUUCUGCACUGCUGUAAAUGCAAUCCUGAUGACAAGCUAAUUUUGGCUUUUCCUCUUCUCAAUUCCUCUUCUCUUUCUCAACAAGGAGAUCCUUCCCUGCCUGCCACCACAACAGAAGAUCCCAGAAGAGGUAGGACCAAUUGCUUUGCUGUCUCUGCUCGUCACCACUGGGUGACAAACGUGUUUUUGGAGUAAAACCAGUAUGGUGUAGUGGUUAAGAGCGGUAGUCUUGUAAUCUGGGGAACCGGGUUCGCUUCCCUGCUCCUCCACAUGCAGCUGCUGGGUGACCUUGGGCCACUCACACUUCUCUGAAGUCUCUCAGCCCCACUCACCUCACAUAGUGUUUGUUGUGGGGGUGGAAGGGAAAGGAGAAUGUUAGACGCUUUGAGACUCCCUAGGGUAGUGAUAAAGCGGGAUAGCAAAUCCAAACUCCUCUUCUUCUUCUUCUUCUUCUUCUUCUUCUUCUUCUUCUUCUUCUUCAUCUUCUUCUAACAGAUUUCAGGCCUGGGACACAAAUUAGGCAAGUGCCCUCUCCCGACGAAAAUAAAAUUAAGAAAAUAAAAAUGCUGACUUAAUUCACAAGUAAUGGAAAUGGGAAAGUAGGUAUUUAGGAACAAACGGCGACCCACAGACCAGCCGUUUGCUCCGAGUAAGCGCUAAAAAGUGGUUCUCCCCAGGGGGAAGCAGUGGGGCGAGAGGAAUUGUGGAGACGCGCUCGUGUUAACACAGCUUCAUGGCCUGUCCCAGAAACAUACAUAUGAAACUUUACUUACCCCAUGUUGUAGAGGCAGAAACUUCCACCCCAGCGACUCCGCAGGCUGCUGGUGUUAACACUUCGGUGGCCUCCGCCGCAGCCCCAUAUGGCAGCGAGACCCCCUCGCCAUCAGACUCGAUCGCCACACUGCUCAGGACUGCUAAACCAACUAGGCCUGGCAGGACAACGGCAACCACCAGCGCCCCAGAGGUUGGCAGACACACUCCUGGCACGGUCAGCGAAAGCUCGGCGAAAUGCGAAAGCGCCACCGCGAAAGCCUCGCAGCCCACGACCAGCAAGCGCAUCUCAGCAGGAAACAGAACGACAGCUGUGACGCCAGGGAGAGUCUCUGGGGUCACCCCAGAGCCAAGCGUCCCGGUGCCUCCGAUCGAGAGACAAGCAGGUUUGUCACCGGCAGCUGAAGUAGUUCAUCUCAUUGUUGCAGCCUCUGCAUUAACCAUCCUUUCCACGUCCUCCUUCGUUUCAUGUUCUUCCCAAGUUAAUAUACUAAUAUUCUUGCGUUUAUCCCAUAUCUAUGGCUGCUAUCUGUCUCCCGGACUCUUUGGGUGCAUCCAGACUACAGUGGUACCCGGGUUCUCAAACUUAACCCGUUCCAGAAUUCCGUUCCAAAACCAAAGCGUUCCAAAACCAAGGCACGUGUUCCCAUAGAAAGUACAGUGGUACCUUUGGAUGAGAAGGGGAUCCAUUCUGGAGCCCCAUUCGCAUCCUGAAGCUAACACAACCUGCGUCUUCGCGGGUGGUGAUUCACCGCUUCCGCGCAUGCGCGUGACGUCAUUUUGAGUGUCUGCGCAUGCACGAGCGGCAAAACCUGGAAGUAACACAUUCCAUUACUUCCGGGUCGCCGAAGGUACUGGAACCCAAGGUAUGACUGCAAUGCAAAAUGGAUUAAUCCGUUCCAGACUUUUUAAAAACAACCCCUGAAACAGCAAUUUAACAUUUUUGCAGUCACACAAUCAUCAAUCAAUCGGUAGCUGAACUGGUUUCCACACAGUCACAAAAACAAAUGAACCGAGAAAGCCUCAAAAACAAAAACGCAAAAUAAAUAGCAAAAACAAAUGCGCCAAACUUAAUCCGUUCUGGAAGUCCAUUUGACUUCCGAAAUGUUCAGAAACCAAGGCGCAGCUUCUGAUUGGUGCAAGCGCCCCAGAAACAAUAGCCAACAGCCGCAUCGGACGUUCGGUUUCCGAAAAAUGUUCAAAAACUGGAACACUUACUUCCGGGUUUUCGACGUUUGGGAACCAAGGCAUUUGGGAACCAAGGUACCACUGUAUUGCUAGUUGGCAAAUUCGGGUGACAUAAUUCUGGUCGAUUGGGAGACCUUGUGCAACAAAUGCAUUGUUGUUGUUGUUUAGUCGCUUAGUCGUGUCCGACUCUUCGUGACCCCCUGGACCAGAGCACACCAGGCACUCCUGUCUUCCACUGCCUCCCGCAGUUUGGUCAGACUCAUGUUUGUGGCUUCGAGAACACUGUCCAACCAUCUCGUCCUCUGUCGUCCCCUUCUCCUUGUGCCCUCAAUCUUUCCCAACAUCAGGGUCUUUUCCAGGGAGUCUUCUCUUCUCAUGAGGUGGCCAAAGUCUUGGAGCCUCAGCUUCACGAUCUGUCCUUCCAGUGAGCACUCAGGGCUGAUUUCCUGAAGAAUGGAUACGUUUGAUCUUCUUGCAGUCCAUGGGACUCUCAAGAGUCUCCUCCAGCACCAGAAUUCAAAAGCAUCCAUUCUUCAGCGAUCAACCUUCCUUAUGGUCCAGCUCUCACUUCCAUACAUCACUACUGGGAAAACCAUGGCUUUAACUAUACGGACCUUUGUUGGCAAGGUGAUGUCUCUGCUUUUUAAGAUACUGUCUAGGUUUGCCAUCGCCUUUCUCCCAAGGAGCAGGCGUCUUUUAAUUUCAUGACUGCUGUCACCAUCUGCAGUAAUCAUGGAGCCCAAGAAAGUAAAAUCUCUCACUGCCUCCAUUUCUUCCCCUUCUAUUUGCCAGGAGGUGAUGGGACCAGUGGCCAUGAUCUUUGUUUUUUGAUGUUGAGCUUCAGACCAUAUUUUGUGCUCUCCUCUUUCACCCUCAUUAAAAGGUUCUUUAAUUCCUCCUCACUUUCUGCCAUGAAGGUUGUGUCAUCUGCAUAUCUGAGGUUGUUGAUAUUUCUUCCGGCAAUCUUAAUUCCGGCUUGAGAUUCAUCCAGCCCAGCCUUUUGCAUGAUGAAUUCUGCAUAUAAGUUAAAUAAGCAGGGAGACAAUAUACAGCCUUGUCGUACUCCUUUCCCAAUUUUGAACCAAUCAGUUGUUCCAUAUCCAGUUCUAACUGUAGCUUCUUGUCCCACAUAGAGACUUCUCAGGAGACAGAUGAGGUGAUCAGGCACUCCCAUUUCUUUAAGAACUUGCCAUAGUUUGCUGUGGUCGACACAGUCAAAGGCUUUUGCAUAGUCAAUGAAGCAGAAGUAGAUGUCUUUCUGGAACUCUCUAGCUUUCUCCAUUUACCCCCCCCCCCCCAAUUUGGACUCUCCCUGCCCCAGAAUAAGGAAAGUCAUUGAGCUUGCUAUGAUGCAAUCUCAUCUAACCUCGCUGAAAUCAGGGCGAAUGCUCAGUAGUGGGUGGUCUGGAAGCAUCCAUAGAGUUCGGAGAUCUUGCUCCCCCAUCCACCAGCUCCCUUUAAUGCUGAACUCGCCGCUAGGGGUGGAAGGAUUUUUCCAUUUACUCAGCUUCUCAUUUUUCCAAUCUUAGAGUCAGUUCUCCGCAUUUCUACAGCAAUUCACAAUUUUUCAAAAAAAAAAAUAUAUAGCCCUCAUGAAAAUUCAUCAUCAUUUUGGGUGUGAAUUUCGCCUGGUAAUCAUAUCCUUGUAAGCAGUUUCCUCUAAUAUAAUUCACUUCUCAAUAAUAUAUUGAUUUUACGCACAUUUCCCCAUAAUACGUUCACGUUGGUAAAAUGCAGAACUGCAUUGCAAAAUUCAGGAAAGUGCAAAUUUUGACGGACAGCUGUCUUUCAGUUCACAUAUUGCUUCGGAAAGUGUAGAUUUGGUCGAUUUGCCUUUAAAUGAGAACUGAAUCCAAUUUCUCUGAAAGGAGACCCCCAAGGCAGAUCUACACCAUACCUCCAUUUCUGCAAUCCCCGGCAUUCUUAUCAAACUACAGUUCCCAGGAUUCUUUGGGUGAAAUCACAUGCUUUAAAUGUGCGUGGGAUGGACUCACUUCCUGCAAGGAGACGGGAUUGGAACCCAAGAGUCACAGUGUCAGCUGGAAAAGAAAAACAGGGAAAGGGGGUGCGAUGACUUGCUUGAGACCCUCACCGCUUGCUAUAUCCUCAAGGAAGACGCGACUGGCUGGCUGGAACCCAGAACAAGAGCACUUCUGUUGGGGACUGAUGGCGUGCUGCAACAUUUUGUUGCGAGACCUGAACAGUAGUUCCUUUUGCACCCAGGUUUUUGUAGCCACCUCUGAAUUUGAAAUUUCCCAGUAUGUUUCCGAGCACAAUUCAAAGUGUUGGUGCUGAGCUUGAAAGCCCUAAACGGCCUCGGUCCUGUAUACCUGAAGGAGCGUCUCCACCCCCAUCGUUCUGCCCGGACACUGAGGUCCAGCGCUGAGGGCCUUCUGGCGGUUCCCUCAUUGCGAGAAGUGAGGUUACAGGGAACCAGGCAGAGGGCCUUCUUGGUGGUGGCGCCCACCCUGUGGAACACCCUCCCUUCAGAUGUGAAGGAAAUAAGCAACUAUCCUAUUUUUAAAAGACAUCUGAAGGCAGCCCUGUUUAGGGAAGUUUUUAAUGUUUAAUGCUGUAUUGUUUUUAACACUUGAUUGCGAGCCGCCCAGAGUGGCUGGGGAAACUCAGCCAGAUGGGCGGGGUAUAAAUAAAAAAUUAUUAUUAUUAUUAUAAAAGAAGAAUCAGAAUCAGAGGAGGAGGAGGAAACCUGGAGAGGGAGCAGUGGCGACUGGGUGAAGUUAUUAAGCUUCUGCUAGCAGACGAGAAAAUUGGUUUAUAGGACAUUCAUGCAUUCAUGUAAUAAACAUACAAUAUUUCCUAUCAAAUAUUUAGGACUUAGUUAGCAACUGAAUAAAUACCCAUACAACAGGAAUUACAGAUGAGGCUCUCUGCUUGAGAGUUGGGAUUUGCAUGUGUCCCCAAAUGUUCUGGGGUAAAGCUGACUUGGAUCCGGGCCCUGAACUAUUUUAGGGGCUUUGCAGAGGGAGACCUACACUGGCUCCCAGUCCGUUUCUGAGCACAAUUCAAAGUGUUGGUGCUGACCUUGAAAGCCCUAAAUGGCCUUGGUCCAGUAGACCUGAAGGAGCGUCUCCAACCCCCAUCGUUCUGCCCGGACACUGAGGUCCAGCGCCGAGGGCCUUCUGGCGGUUCCCUCAUUGCGAGAAGCCAAGUUACAGGGAACCAGGCAGAGGGCCUUCUCGGUAGUGGCGCCCUCCCUGUGGAAUGCCCUCCCACCAGAUGUCAAAGAGAACAACUACCAGACUUUUAGAAGACAGCUGAAGGCAGCCCUGUUUAGGGAAGCUUUUAAUGUUUGAUGUAUUACAGUAUUUUAAAAUCCCGGCAAAGGGGAUGCAGCAAGGAAAACCACCGUCACCUCUCCGCUGGGAAGCGCUGAGCAAAGGCGAGUCCCCAGGCAACGCGGCCGAUUUGAUCGGCACAAGGCAUGCAAGCUCCACCCCCCCAGUCAUUCUUAGACUCCUUAUUGGGUGCACAACGCUGCCAAGUAACACACUUGGAGCCUCCCUCCUCCCUGGCCGGCAGGGAGGGAGGGAGAGGAGCUGCUUCCUCUGGAACCCGGGAAAUUUAAGCGACAUCAUCAAUCUGGGACAGCAGCGGGACACGGAGUUGGGAUAAGGGAGUUUCCCGCCAAAUAAGGGACAGUUGACCGCUAUGGCACAGCUGUCUCCAGCAGUUGCCAUGCAACCCUGCUAAGAUUCCUGUAAGCAAAGCAUUUUGUUGGGGCGGGAAGGGAGCACACAAUUAUUUCAAACUCGUUUAGCAUUUUUGCCCCUCCCUUUUGAACCCGUUCCAUCUUCAGGCCCAGGGGGCGGGCGAGGAAACCCAACAGAAGUCUGCAACACCUGCAGCUUGAUCGUAAAAGGGUUCCCUCAGAUGUCAGCCCUGUUCAUUCCAGUGGGAUUUAAUUCCCAGUAAGGCGGAUUUCUUUGAGAGGGGAAUUUGGGGUGUUAGCCUGGGUCUGGGCUGAACCACUGCAUACAGCAGGUGGGAGUUGUAUGCAGGUGGGUUUGCCUGGUAAAACAACCCCACACAAAAGCAUUUGCAUAUGGAACAUGUGCAUAUCUGAAAGAGCGUCUCCACCCCCAUCGUUCUGCCCGGACACUGAGGUCCAGCGCCAAGGGCCUUCUGGCGGUUCCCUCCCUGCGAGAAGCCAAGUUACAGGGAACCAGGCAGAGGGCCUUCUCGGUGGUGGCACCUGCCCUGUGAAACGCCCUUCCACCAGAUGUCAAAGAGAACAACAACUACCAGACUUUUAGAAGGCAUCUGAAGGCAGCCCUGUUUAGGGAAGCUUUUAAUGUUUAAUAGACUAUUGUAUUUUAAUAUUCUGUUGGAAGCCGCCCAGAGUGGCUGGGGAAGCCCAGCCAGAUGGGCGGGGUAUAAAUAAAUUAUUAUUAUUAUUAUUAUUAUUAUAGAAUUACAGAACUGGAAGGAAUUCCAAGAGUCAUCUACCGUAUUUUUCGCUCUAUACGACACACUUUUUCCCUCCUUGCUGCUCUGGCUUCAACGAAAGCAACACAAAGCCUCUUCAGGGCAGCGGGACUUCAGGGCUUCUGGGAUUCAGAAUAUUUUUUUUCUUGUUUUCCUCUUCCAAAAACUAGGUGCAUCUUAUGGUCUGGUGCGUCUUAUAGAGCAAAAAUACAGUAGUCAAACCCCAUGCAAGGCAGGAAUCUCAGCUCAAGCAUCCAUGACAGAUAGCCAUCCAAACUUCUGCUUUAAAACCCCCAAGGAAGGAGAGUCCAUAACCUCCUGAGGGAAUCCAUUCCCCUGCUGGACAGCUCUUACUACUAGGAAGUUCUUCCUGAUGUUGAGUCGGAAUCUCCUUCCUUAUAAUUUGAAUCCAUUUGUUUGGGUUCACCCUCUGGAGCAGCGGAACACAAGCUUCCUCCAUCUUCCAGUGUGAGAGCCAGUGUGGUGUAGUGGUUAAGAGCAGUAGACUCGUAAUCUGGUGAACCGGGUUCGCGUCUCCGCUCCUCCACAUGCAGCUGCUGGGUGACCUUGGGCCAGUCACACUUCUCUGAAGUCUCUCAGCCCCACUCACCUCACAGAGUGUUUGUUGUGGGGGAGGAAGGGAAAGGAGAAUGUUAGCCGCUUUGAGACUUCUUCGGGUAGUGAUAAAGCGGGAUAUCAAAUCCAAACUCUUCUUCUUCCAUGGGACAGCCCUUGAAAUAUUUGAAGAUGACUCUCCUGUCGCCUCUUAUCCAGGCUAAACAUACCCAGAUCCUUCAAACGUUCCUCAUCAGGCUUAGUUUCCAGACCCUUGAUCAUCUUGGUCGCCCUCCUCUGCACACCUUUCAGCUUGUCAACAUCCUUCUUAAAUUGUGGUGCCCAGAAUUGGACACCGUAUUCCAGGUGGGAUCUUACCAAGGCAGAACAGAGUGGGACUAUGACUUCCCUUGAUCUGGACACUAGACUUCUGUUGAUGCAACCUAGAAUAGCAUUCACUUUUUUUGCUGCUGCAUCACACUGUGGACUCACUGUGGUUUUGAGGAUUUUAUAUCCCACCUGAAAUAUACUCGGGAGUCAAGAGUGGAUUUCAUGCUCUUUAUUCAGCUCAUAGUGGUGAGGAGGAAUGGAAGUUCCCCCAGAAUGUCUGCUUUAUAUACAUUAUUUACACAAUGGGCCCCACGUGAUUGGCUAAUUCCAGGAUUCUCCUGUAGGCCAAUCAGGUUGCAGAUUCACUUCCACCUGGAGCUGGAUUGGGUGGCUCCUGUGGACCAAUCAGACUGAUGCAUUCUGAAUCCUAUUCUAGGACCAAUCAGACUGCUGCAUUUUGGAUCCUAUUCAAGUCAGUACAUAACACCACAUAAACUCAGACCUGUUUCCCAACCUUAAAGACUAGAAACUUAAAAAAAAAAAUCAAACUGUUACACCAGGAUACCUACUUCUGUGUUCUGUCACAAAUCUUUGCACUUGCUCAGAAUUACAAAAUACAUUUUAGUGGGACUGCAAGGAAAGAGCCAGCCAUUUUUGCAUGUAAUGUUCUUUAUUCUUCCUUUUUGCAGGUUCUCUCCCCUUGAGGAUCGGAGUACCUUUCCUAGGUGAGGAAUAGUUUGGCGUUUAUGGAUUGUUAGCAGUCAUCUGACCAUACAAGAUGGAUUUAAAUUCUUAAAUUAGAAUUCUAGUUUUGUCUUCCUAGUUCAAACUAAUAGAGGAGGCGCAGACACACACACCCCUUGCUCCAAGGGCUAUAGGGUGGUCUCUUUUCUUAUUUUUAUUAUGUAUUUUGUGUUUUUUGUAUAUAUAUUGUAGUUUUAUGUAGUGAACCACCCUGAGACCUACGGGUAUAGGGCGGUAUGCAGAUUAAAUGAAUAGAUCAAUAAAUACAAUUCUGUCCCACCCAGAUGGGCGGUGUAUAAAUAAAAGAAAUUAUUAUUAUUAUUAGUGCUUUGUUCUGGGGGUACGCAUACCCCUAAACAUUUUGUGAAUCUAACGGGAGAAGAAACUAAAAAAAAAAUUAGUUUCUUCACUAGGACAGGGAAUCGUCUAUUCUGUUCCUGCCCCUGAUGGUGGCCUAUAAAAUGGUGGUGUUCUUGAGUCAAAAUGAGGGUACCCCUAAACAUUUUGUUUAGAAAAAAAAAUCACUGAUUAUUAUUAUUAUUACAGUGGUACCUUGGUUUAAGAACAGCUUAGUUUAUGAACAACUUGGAUUAAGAAAACUGCAAACCCAGAAGUAGGUGUUUUGGUUUGUGAACUUUGCCUUGGAAGCAGAACAUGUUGAGUGUGUUCCAUUUGUAAAUUGAGUCCCCCGCUGCUAUGAGAAAACACGCCUUGGUUUAAGAAUGCCUUGGUUUAAGAACGGACUUCCAGAACAGAUUAAGUUCGUAAACCAAGGUAAAGGGACCCCUGACCAUUAGGUCCAGUCGCAGACGACUCUGGGGUUGCGGCGCUCAUCUCGCUUUACUGGCCGAGGGAGCCGGCAUACAGCUUCCAGGUCAUGUGGCCAGCAUGACUAAGCCGCUUCUGGCCAACCAGAGCAGAGCACGGAAACGCCGUUUACCUUCCCGCCGGAGCGGUACCUAUUUAUCUACUUGCACCUUGACAUGCUUUCGAACUGCUAGGUUGGCAGGAGCAGGGACCAAGCAAUGGGAGCUCACCCCGUCGCAGGGAUUAGAACUGCCGACCUUCUGAUCGGCAAGUCCUAGGCUCUGUGGUUUAACCCACAGCGCCACCCGCAUCCCAAAAAACCAAGGUACCACUGUAUUAUUAUCAUGGUGAAGUCUGUCUUCUGUUCCAUUGACUCGUUGGUCUCUGCCUUCUUCCACUCCAUGCUUCCUUUGUCCCAAAACUAUUGGUCAAAUGCUUACUCCCCCCCCUGCCACUUUCUGCCCCUCAAAAUUCCCCACAAACCCUGCGUUAGGCGUUUCCCAGAGUGACCUUUCACUUCCUCCCUAAAAGCUGCCUUAAUUGUGAGCAUUCCAUGGCUGAUCUUUGAUCAUCUCCUGACAACUGGGACAUCGUCGUUCCAUGGCAUUGCAUUAGCCGAUAACUAGGGCCGACUCAGAGACAAGCAAGCAGGCCAAGGCCACUGAGCCUAGGCUUGCCGAUCAGAAGGUCGGCGGUUCGAAUCCCCAUGACGGGGUGAGCUCCCCUUGCUCGGUCCCUGCUCCUGCCAACCUAGCAGUUCGAAAGCACGUCAAAGUGCAAGUAGAUAAAUAGGUACCGCUCCGGCGGGAAGGUAAACGGUGUUUCCGUGCGCUGCUCUGGUUCGCCAGAAGCGGCUUAGUCAUGCUGGCCACAUGACCCGGAAGCUGUACACCAGCUCCCUCAGCCAGUAAAGCGAGACGAGCGCCGCAACCCCAGAGUCAGCCACAACUGGACCUAAUGGUCAGGGGUCCCUUUACCUUUACCUUUACCUAAGGCCGGCUCAGAGACAAGCAAGCUGGGACGAAGGCCAAGGCCUUUAGGUUAUCAUAUUGCUAACUAUUAAUUUGUCUUUCUUCUUUAGUUUUAGGGGUGCUCCUUAUAGGAUGUCUUGCAUUCUGGUACCGUAGAAGAUGGUGGUAAGUUCGUUGUGUGGCUCCUCCCCAUAGUGGUUGCAAGCGAGGGGCAACUAUUGGCAAGGUCAAGUUCAGACAUGGAAAUUUCAUGGAAUAAUGGAAUUGUGGAGUUGGAAGAGACCACAAGGGUCAUUCAGUCUAACCCCCUGCAAUGCAGGAAUCUUUUGCCCAAUGUGGGAUUCGAACUCUUGACCCUGAUAUUAAGAGACACAUGCUCCACCAACUGAGCAAUCCCUGGGCCUGGAACCCAUGGGCAGUCCGAUGCAGGAAUUGCAAGCUGCCCAAUGAAGUGCAAAGCAAUUCGUAGGAACUUAGGAAGCAGCCUUCUGCAGAGUCAGACCAUUGGCCCAUCUAGUAUUGCCCACACUGGCUGGCAGCAGCUCUCUGGGGCUUUAGGCAACAUCCGCUAAGGGGAGAUGCUGGGACCUAAACCUUCUGCAUGCAAGUCACGGACCUGCCACUGAGUGUUGUUGUUUAGUCAUUUAGUUGUGUCCGACACUUCGUGACCCCCUGGACCAGAGCACGCCAGGCACUCCUGUCUUCCACUGCCUCCCGCAGUUUGGUCAAACUCAUGCUGAUAGCUUCGAGAACACUGUCCACCAUCCUGUCCUCUGCCGUCCCCUUCUCCUUGUGCCCUCCAUCUUUCCCAACAUCAGGGUCUUUUCCAGGGAGUCUUCUCUUCUCAUGAGGUGGCCAAAGUCUUGGAGCCUCAGCUUCAGAAUCUGUCCUUCCAGUGAGCACUCAGGGCUGAUUUCCUUCAGAAUGGAGAGGUUUGAUCUUCUUGCAGUCCAUGGGACUCUCAAGAGUCUCCUCCAGCACCAGAAUUCAAAAGCAUCCAUUCUUCGGCGAUCAGCCUUCUUUAUGGUCCAGCUCUCACUGAGUAGCGCCUCUUAAACUCCUCCUUCACUCCCUCCAGGGAAAUCUGUUUCGAUUUUGACUUGAUAGUUGCAUUCCACUUUUCUAACAACAGUGCUGAGCACAACGGAUAGAAUCCUAAAAUUGGAAGGGACCCCGUCAUCUACUCUAACCCCCUGCAAUGCAGGAAUCUCAGCUAAAGCUUCCAUGGCAGAUUAUGUCCCACUUAGGCUACUGCAAUGCGCUCUACGUGGGGCCACCUUUGAAGGUGACUCGGAAACUGCAAUUAAUCCAGAAUGCGGCAGCUAGACUGGUGACUGGGAGCGGCCGCUGAGACCACAUAACACUGGUCCUGAAAGACCCACAUUGGCUCCCAGUACGUUUCCAAGCACAAUUCAAAGUGUUGGUGCUGACCUUUAAAGCCCUAAACGGCCUCGGUCCAAUAUACCUGAAGGAGCGUCUCCACCCCCAUUGUUCAGGCCAGACACUGAGGUCCAGCUCCGAAGGCCUUCUGGCGGCUCCCUCCCUGCGAGAAGUGAGGUUACCAGGAACCAGGCAGAGGGCCUUGUCGGUGGUGGCACCCACCCUGUGGAACGAUGUCAAGGAAAUAAACAACUAUCUGACUUUUAGAAGACAUCUGAAGGCAGCCCUGUUUAGGGAAGCUUUUAAUGUUUGAUGGACUACUGUAUUUUAAUACUUUGUUGAAAGCCGCCCAGAGUGGCUGGGGAAACCCAGCCAGAUGGACGGGGUAUAAAUAAUAAAUUAUUAUUAUUAUUAUUAUUAUUAUUAUUAUUAUUAUUAUUAUUAUAUAUGCCAUCCAACCUCUGCUUAAAAACCUCCAAGGAAGCAGAGUCCACAACCUCCCGAGGGAAUCUGUUCCAAUGUCACACAUCUCUUCCUGUCAGAAUGUUCUUCCUGAUGUUGAGUCGAAAUCUCCUUUCUUGUAGCUUGUAUUGGCAUCUAAGACGAGUGAUUUCAUAGCUGGAAUAGAUAGUGGGACAAGAACAGUGCGGAAAUACGCAUCAAGGAAAGGGAGUGAAUUAGAAGCUCAGGAGUACAGUGGUUAUCGAGUGUCGGAUUGGGAGACCAGGGUUAAAGUCCCCACUUAUCUACGGAGCACACUGCGACAGGCACCGUCUUUCAGCCUCACGGUUGUGCGGUUUGGUUGAGGAAGGUUCGAACCUUGUGCAGCACGUAGGAGAAAAAAGGAUGAAUGCAAAUGCAAUGAAUAAUAAUAAUAAAUAAUAACAAAUAAUAAUAAUUUACUACUUAUACCCCAUCAAUCUGGCUGAGUUUCUCCAGCCACUCUGGGCGGCUUCCAACAGGAGAUUUGCUGUUUAGUCGUUUAGUCAUGUCCGACUCUUCGUGACCCCAUGGACUAGAGCACGCCAGGCUCUGGAGAUUAAAAAUAAAUAAAUACAGGAGAUUAAAAAUAAAUAAAUAGGCCUUUGGUUUUUGCAUUAGAAAUACAUGGUUUUUAAAAAUGCAGUCUCUACUCCUUUGAGGAAUACGGCGGAUUUUCUCAGGGGGUUGAUUUAUAACAACAACAACAACAACAACUUACUAUUUAUACCCCACCCAUCUGACUGGGUUUCCCCAGCCACUCUGGGUGGCUCCCAACAGAAUAUUAAAAACACAGUAAAACAUCAAACAUUGAAAACUUCCCUAAACAAGGCUGCCUUCAGAUGUCUUCUAAAAGUCAGAUAGUUGUUUCUUUCCUUGCCAUCUGAUGGGAGGGCGUUCCACAGAGCGGGCGCCACCACCGAGAAGGCCCUCCGCCUGGUUCCCUAAUAGCCCCCAAGUUUUGCAUCAGUCCUCAUUCCUGUUUUGUUUCCCCCCCCCCAUUCUGCAGCCCUGUUCAGGGACAGGCGGAUAUUCCACUGGAAGAGCAAAUCCCCAUGGCUGCCGAGAGGUCAGAACCAGGAGACCAGGCGCCCCCGGCUGCCGGCCGCCCCGAUGACCUGAGACCCACCGACGAAGGGGUUCGGAUGUUGCCGCCUCACUGUUCUCCCUCCAGCGGCUGA